GCUAACCAAUUGCAGUUCGGUUUGUUGGGGAUGCUAAAUUAUGGCUCUAUUCGUGUUCUAACCUGAUUAUGAAUCAUUUCCAAAACUGUUCUGAAAAAUAUUACUGAAGUUAUUAUUGCUGUUGAGAAAUUUUAUUUUUGAAAAUAAGUCACUAUUCAGUAAUAUCGAUUAUCAACGUGUCGCGUCCUUCAUCGAAGAAAAUGAAUAGGGUUAGCGUAAUGUUUUGAUAAGCUGUGUUAUGGUGACCGAUUGGAAAUACAGGAAGCGAUUGUUGAUGACUGUCGAAUGAUUUGAAAUGUUGUUUAAAAUAUUUCUGAAAACAUUUGUUAGUAAUCAUCAAUUUCAUACUUGAAAUUCUGAAGGUUUUAACAUGUAAAUGUAAUUUCAUAUCUGAAAGGUUUGUGUACAGAAAGCUUGAGCCCUAAAAUGGCGCACGGUCUGGUAUUGAGAAUGCAGGAUAUGAUGCAGGAUUAUCGAAGAAAUGAUAAAACUUCCAGUGAACAGGGCACUGCUUUUGCGGAAUGUAAUGCUAAUCCAUCUAAUGCAGAUAUGAAUAUACCUAAAUUAUGGGCAAAUGCUGUUGAAUUUCCAAAAAAUUCAAAGAAGGAGUAUUUUACUUUAUUGAGGCGAACACUUCUUUUCAUGUUUUCAUCAAAGUGGUCAAUGUAUACAGAUAAGGGUGACUUGCUGUGUGCUUUUAAGUACCAUUACCGUGCAUUCUCGACCAUUACUGAAAACGUCGCUGAAGUUUUUAAAGCUGUACUUGAAAUCUUUAAAAGAGAUCCUUGGAAAAAUUCUUUUUUCUCAUGGAAUGACCUGUUUGAUGGAACAGUUACAGUUUAUGAUAGAAGAGUUCAAGAUUAUUUCGAAUCUGAGCCUGAGGAGGUCGUUUUAGCUCGUGUUCAUGCACUUGUUUUUCGGAAAAGAGCUAAUGAUGCCAUGUGUCUUGCUAAAACAUCCUUUUUAUAUCAUAGCCGAAUUGCUAAAAACUUCCGACCAUCUAGAAGGAGAAAUUCCACAUCAGAUGUCAGUACAAGUGGUCAUGCAUCAAUAGAUUGGUUUCUUUUUAUUUUGCUAAAAACAAAGUCCCUCGAUUUUAUUGUAAAUGAGGCCAGACAGCUUGAAUGUCAUGAAGGAGUUGAAAUUGUUUGUCGGUUGUGGAGAGAUCCAAAAAAUAAAAAAAUUUCCUAUAUGUUGCUGCAAAUUUUCCUUCUUCAAGAUCUUUUAAAGACAUCAAAAUACUGCUGCACAAGAAAAUUAUAUAAAUUAUUUUGCUUAAUGCAUGAAGAACUUCACUCAAGUCCAAAAGAAAUUGCAGAAAGUUGCUACAAAUUGUUCUCAAAAUAUGCUCCUUCAAGUGCUCAUUUCUACUUACUUGUUGAUAUUCUUUGGGGACAGUUUGGAAUGAAGUGUCUAGAUCUCUAUGUUGACUUGUUUGUGCGAGGAUUGACUGCUGAUAUUAAUCAUCUUGAAAACAAAAGACAUUUGGAAGCAUUUUUGGAUGCUGCAUCCCUUGAAGAUCAUAUUUCUGUGAUUUUUGAAAAGCUUUCAACAUUAUUUAAGAAUGUUAAUUUAACAGUUGCAAGAGAAUGUAUGUUCAGUGCCUUUUCAUUAAGACCUACAAAAGAAAGGUUGUUUAUCUUACAGAGAUUGUCUCAAAGUCUAUCCAACAGUAAUAAGGAUAUCCAUAAAUCUUUAUUAGAUUUUGAUUUUUCAGCUGACUGCAAUUGUGGUUUAAGAUGCAUUGGACAUUGUAGGGAUUUUCUAAACAAAAGCAGUUUCAUUCAUCCUUUAUUGUCCAAUAGUAUUGGAAAUAUUUCUCUUGUUCUUAAAAGAGAUUUUAUUUCUGUUCUCGAAAGUGUACGUUGUAUAACUUUUCAGUACAAUAUUUUUGAUUGGCGAUAUAAUAUUGGAGAUUUGACUAAUUAUUUUAGCACAUUUGCUCCAGAAAAGACUACUUUGAAAAAAUCGGGAUCAGACACUGAAAGUGGUGAUGAAAUUUAUGGAAGUAGUAUAGCGAAUACUGAGGCAGUAUUUAACACCGCUAAUGAUAUGAGGUGCCAGUUUGAUCACUCUUCUAUUAAAAGAAAAAGUGGCUCAAAUGAAUUCAAUCCGCUAAAUAUUGGAGGAAAUACUGUAGUUCAAAAUGACGAUUUUGCUAGUAAAAGAAUGAAAACAGAGAAGCCGAAUAUGGAGAUGUCUGUUUCUAUUUCAUCCAAUAACCAACAAGUUAUUCAAGGUAUUUUUAAUAAUUCUCUUGAAAAUGUUAUUAGAAUGUCAUUAAACACUAGUACUGCUAAAAGGUGGCCUGACAGUAUGAAUUUAUUACAAAUUAAUGAAGAUCCUGUAAUUAAUGAUUUAAAUCCUUCAAAAAUCAGUAGAAAACCAGAAAGUUCACUUCAAAGUUGCUUCAGUGAUAGAAAUGCCUUUAAUAGUCAAAGAUGUAAUGAUAGCAAAGACAAUGUUUCAUUGCAUUAUUCAGAUAAACCUCAUCUUCAAAUAUCUGCCAGUUUAUCAUAUGAUCGUACUCAGCAGCAUGUUACACUUACUUCAGAAGAUAAUACUCCAUAUAGAGAAAUGGAUUCAUCUGAUCAUCAGCUCAUACUAAAGUCACAUCUUGUUCAAAACUCCUCAGCAAAGGUUUCUAGUGUCUCAGUUACAGAACCUACUAGUGAGACAUUUUACAGCAGCAUAAGUAGUCCGAAACCUGAAAGACGUUCCCAUAAAGAAACCAACACCUUGCAUUUUGCUGCCAAAUCUGAAAGAGAAAGACCUAUGCAUAACCAUCAUUUACAUUCUUCUCCAUUUGUUUCAUCACAGCCACCUCCUAAAUCAUUUUCAAAGCAUCAUUCGAAAAUUCACUCUUUUAUUGAGGAAAAGGCUCAAUCUGUGGCUACCUUGGCAUCUCAGGAAUCGAGAGAAUCUGUUCCAUUUGACAAUACCAGAAAGUCAGUAAUUGUUAAAGGAAAAUCUCUUCAGAUACCAAACCAAUUGUCAGUUCCAAUGAAACCAAAUGCAGUACAUCAAAAUCGAAACAAUGUGCAAACAGAUAGUUCAGCAUUACCAUUACUUCAUGUUAAUGUUCCGCAUAAGUAUUUGGCUAAGCCUGAAGUUCCUGCUAAUGCUAAUUUGAUACCUUACAAACAUGAUAAUCCGGCUCCUUCAAUUUCCCAAAUAUCUGCUAAUGAUAGUAAUGUUGAAUUAGUAGCACUUUCUGGCAUUGCACCACCAUCUAUGAUUAAAAGUAGUUCAUGGAAAACAGCUACACAAAAUAAUGUUAAAACAUCCAUUGCUGCCAAAAUGUCUGAUAGUACUUCUACUUCCAGUUUGUCAAAAGUCUCUUCUAAGUAUUGCAAGCAAUUACUUCAGUCAAAAUCUGGCAGUGAUUUGAUAUUGAACAGAAAUACCAGUAAUGAGAGUGAAUAUGGAGUUAUAAAACCAAAGAAAGGUUUUGAAGAAAUUACCAAGAAUAAUUUGCAACAUGCUGUUGCAAAUAAAAGAAUAGCUUAUUCCAACUCUCAAGGACUUAAUAACUCCCUGGAUUCUAAAGUAAAGUGGACAUUAGGACAAGCUCGCGAGUCUCCUCAAAGACAAACAACUUUUCAUCCCAUUAGUGAUAAUCGCAGUGCACUUAAAACAACUAAUAGUCAGCCUUUGUAUGCUAGUCCUCAUCCUAAAACAAGUUCCAACAGUCCUAUUUCAUUUCCGGUUCAUUUAAUGAAUGCUUCUAAAACAAGUUCCAACAGUCCUGUUUCUUUUUCUGUUAAUAAAAUGGAUACUUCUAAGAUAAGUUCCAAUAGUCCUGUGUCUUUUUCUGUUCAGAAAAUGAAUAGUGUGAAAACAAGCUCCAACAGUCCUGUAUCUUUUUCUGCUCAUAAAAUGGAUACUUCUAAGACAAGUUCGAACAGCCCUGUGUCUUUUUCUGUUCAGAAAAUGAAUAGUGCAAAAGCAAACUCGAACAAUUCUGUGUCUUUUUCUGCUCAGAAUUUGACAAUUCCUAAAACAAAUUCGAGCAGUCCUGUAUCUCUUUCUGUUCAGAAUAUGGCAUCUCCUAAAACAAAUUCGAACAGUCCUGUGUCUAUUUCUGUUCAGAAUAAGAAAAUCUUGAAAUCAUUUGGUGACAAAGUUUCUACUUACACAGAUGCAAAUAACCAUAAUCAUUCUAGUAUCAAUAAUGUACAAAAUAAACCAAGUAUAUCUUUUUUAAAAUCUAGACUAACAUCAGUGCAUACUACUCAAUCUUAUUCACAUAUGAAUGCUUAUUCCAAUUUUUCUACUCAAAAUAAAGGUUACAGCGAACAUCACGAACCUUCUCGAAAGGAGUUUGAUGUCAAAAAUGUUUUUGAAAGAUCAGCCCCUUCAUUCAUCACACCUCCAAAUAUUGCAACAAAUUCCAUUCCUUCUUCACAAGUUCAAUCUAAUCCCGUUUCUGUAUAUAAUUCAGUCUAUCCUGCAAAUGACAGACGAGCAAUUGUUCAUGAAGCAAGAAAUAUUGCAACAUCUUCACCAUCAUCUAAUGUGCAGAAUACAAACAGCAGUGCUUUUUCACAGCCAUGUUGUUCAGCAUUUGAAGUGAAUCCAUGUGACACUUGUUCAACUAAAACCAAUAAUCAAGAAUUUUUGACCAAAACUGAAGUAGUUGGUUUUCGUUCAUCACCAGUUGAGAAUCUGAAUCUGCUUAAUCAGGUUACUGAUGGGAUCUCACCUGAUGAUAAUUGUUUUGAAGUGUCCAAGAAAAUGCAGCAGCAAACUGAAACUGAGGAGCCUCAAAAAAUGUGUAAUUUCUGUUCAUUUUCUUUUCCUGCUUCACUGAUUAAAACACAUGUGGAGAGUAUUCAUCGAGACGAAUUAUUUAAUGAUACAAACUACAACAUUCAAAACCAGAUUCUAAAUAAAGAAACUUCAUUUUCUGUGUCUGAGACAAUAAAUAUAAAUUAUGAUUCACAAAAUGAAAAUCGUAUGUCACUGGACAACAAUAUUCACAAUGAUUGUAAUAAUGUUUUGGAUAUUGAAAACUCUCAAAAUACAGAUCAAUUUAUAAGUAGUUUAUUAGAUUUUAUAGACCCUAAUUUUGAUAAAUCUAUAGAAGGAUCAUUUGAAAAUACUGGUAUUUCCCAUCCCAUAAAUACCAGUGAAUCACCUUGUAACAAUUCUAAAUCACAGAGUUUGUCAGAUAUGCUAAAGGAUGUUGAUUUUUCUAGAAAUAUUUCUUCAGAUUUGAGUGCAAUUUGUGAAGGAAAUGAAUUAAGUUAUGAUAUGACCGAUGACAAACAACUUUAUAUGGAAAAUUUGAGUAAUGAAAAUAGAGACAUAAAAUCUUGGUAUAGUAACCUCAGUUUAGAUCUACUGAGUAAUGAUAAGCCAGAAAAAGAUAUGACAAAUUUUAAAGAAUAUAAACCUGAAAAAUCUGAAACAUCCAGUUUCCAGCCAAGUAAUAUUACAAAUAAUGAAUCAGUUACUGUAGACAAACAGAUUUCUGAAAAAUUAAAAGGUUCAUAUGAGAUAUUUAAAACAGUUAAACCUUUGGAACAAUCAAAUCAUAUGUCUAAUUUACAAGAUUUAGAUGAAAUUGGAACAUUUCAAAAUAUUUCUAGUCAACAACAGAAGAGUGCUCUAAUCUGUCCGAUAUGCAAAAGAAAAGUAGACAUUGAUUUGCAACAGCAUAUUAAUAUUUAUCAUCCUCAUAUUAGUGGAGAUAAAAUGGUUUAUAAUGAUUUGGAAUCACCAAAUGAUUCUGAAACUGAUAAAAGAAAUGAGGCAGGGCUAAUUUUUACACCAUACAACUCUGAUGCACUAGUAAAUUCAACUGAAAUCUUUGAUUUUGAUUCUUAUUCACCUGAUAAUGUUUCUAAAGAAGUGUAUAGGCCUCUUCAAAAAGGAAAAACAAAACUACAUUCAAAUUCUAGCUGUAAUAGGGAAAAUAAUAUGAAUAUUCCCCCAAAAUUGGAUACUCAAGUAACCGAAUAUGAAACUCCUACAAGUAAAAAGAAAGGCCCUAGAGAGAUAUGUAUUUUCUGUGCGAAAGUUUAUUCAAAAAAUUAUAUAAGAACACAUUAUAGAAAAGAACAUUUGAAAGAUCAAUCUGGUGAUCAUGUCAAAAUGUCUGAGAAUUUGUCAAACCAAUCUCUCCCUGGACAAGUAACCAUCUCUUCACCAACUCCCGAGAAGAAUCAAGAUUUUACUGCUGCCAUAUUGCAAGAAGACAUUGACACUAAUACUUGCUUGUCAACUUCUGAUGCUUUAAAUUCUAGUAAUAAAUGUGAAGGUUCGAAUAUUAAAAAAUCUUCUUGCAAUAGCAGUAAUAGGAUUGUACAGCAAGAGCAGAAAUAUCCGUUCCUUUCCGUUUCCGAUGGUGUGAAAGAAUCGUCUGCUGGCAGCUUGAACUUUGAAGUACUAGAAAAUCCUACUGUUACAGCUUUGAAAGAAAAGGGAUUUAAUUCAAGACUACGAAAUGCAUUUAAUCAAAAACCUAAAACAACUACAAAAUAUCAGUGCAGCUGGUUUGAGAAUGAGAAUAGUUGUAAACAAAAUUUUCCAUCCAAAUUAUUAUUAGUAAAGCACUUGAGAACUGAACAUCUUUUGAAAUUUAAAUGCAGGUGGUCUGAAAACAAUAAUUAUUGUUAUCAGUGUUUUACAUCAGAGGCAGCAUUAUUAAAACAUAUGCAAAUUGAACAUGGGGUUAAAAAUGUUUCAGAAUAUAAAGCAGAGAACAUUCCUGCAUUUGAAAGAAAUCGGCAAAUGGAAGAAAACAAUUCAUUCUGUAAUUCUUCUAAUAAUAAAAAAAGUGCUUUUGUUCAAGAAGAAAUGCAAGUGUCAGUAUCAAAAUCUGAUCUAACAUCUUUGAAUUUAAAUCAUAAUUUCGAAAAAAUAGAGAAUGAUAUGAAUUCUCUCAAGCAGUUCAAUUCUGAUAAAGACAUUUCAUUAUCCCAGAUUAAGUGUGCUUUGCCUACUAAUCAAACUUGUCCUGAAGACUUGGACCAACAAGACAAAAAUGAUAAAUGCCAUCUUUCUACAAAAUCAGUGCUUCGUCUUUCUAGAUAUAAAUGUAGGUGGUUUCAUAAUGAUGGUUACUGUAACCAAAAUUUUCCAACAAAGUCAUCAUUAAUAAAACACCUGAACAAUGAGCAUCUGAUUAAUAAAUCAUCUGAAUAUGAAAAUCAGCCUAGUGAGACUCAAAAGAAUGCUCUUACGCUUGAGAGUAGUGAGCUAAUAGAAGAAAACAAUUUAUUCUGCAAUUCUUCUAAUAAUAAAGAAAGUGUUUUUGAACAAGAAGUGCAAGGACCUCAAGUGUCAAAAUCAAAAUCUGGUCUGCCACCUUUGAAUUUAAAUCAAUUCAAUUCUGAUAAAGACAUUUCAUUUUCCCAGACUAAUCAUGUUUUGCCUUCUGAUCAGAUAUGCUCUGGAAACUUCAAUAAUCCACUUUGUUUUGAAGUUCCUGAAAAAAAUAAGUGCAAUCUUUCGCCAAAAUCAGUAUGUCAUCUUUUUAAUAAUACUUCAGUUGAUGAGUACGAUAUUGUGUCUACUGAGAAAAUGCUAUCAAAAAAGAGCCAUGCAUCUAGUUCAGUUAGUGAAAGUUUCAAAAAAUCUUUUAAAAAAAGUGAAUUACCCGAUUUGUUGAAUAGUUUUAAAACAGAUUCUCAUGAGGUAAAUGCUAACAAUCUACCUCAAAAAAUUUAUGAAAGAUAUGAUACCUUUUCAUUUGUUUCUAAUGCAAAGAAAAGUCCUCAAAAUGAUAGAGAUUUGGUCCAAAAUUCAAUUUCGAAUGAAGAUCCUUCUUCUGUGUCUUAUGAUUUUGUUACAAAAAUCAUUGACCCUGGUGCAAGUUUACUAUCAUUGUCAGGCAAUAGUAAUAAUUCUUCAAAAACUGAUUGUUUAAUUUCUGAUCUGUUGCAAGAUUUCGAUGAAAUGAAUAAACUUUCUGCCAGAAAUAAGACUUCAAAAAAUAAAGGAAAUAAUAAAUAUGAAAAAUCAAGACCUGAUAGUGUUUGUGAAAGCAAUGGAGAUGAAAAGCAUAAUAAGGAAGUAUUUAAAGAUGAUGAAUCUUUGAAACCUAACAAAUCUUUAUGUUCUAUUUCUUCUGAAAAAUUAUUCAAUCAAAGCUCUGUGAAAAAGCAUAUAAAAAUUUGCCAUUCAACUUUAUUAAAAAAUGAGCAAUUAAAUUUUGAAAGAGAAUUGUCUUUACCAAUCAGUGACACUUUGAAAUGUCAUGCUUCCUCAAAUGAAUUAUAUUCAUCCAUUUCUGUUGCAAGUAAAGAAGUUGUCAUAACCAGUGACUGUCCUUCUCCUAAUCAGCAAGAUCUACAAGAUAAUUAUAAAAGUCUAGUUUCUGUACCAUAUUUUAAUUCAAAUCAGAAACAAAUAAAUUCUAUUCCGUUUAAUGGUGUGUCUAGUGCUAAAAGUAAUAGUCACUGUAAUAAAAAAUCGAAAAGAAAAGCAAGUAGUGAACUCUCGUUUGUGAAACCUGUUGAUAAUUGUACAAGAUUAAUAGAUAUGGAAAUGCAACUAUCAAGCUCACCUUCAGAAAAUUCAAAUAAUCAGAAUGCACAAUAUCCAAUCUCAGUUCAGGAUUAUCAAAAUAUUAAAAAUGGUCAUAAUUCAAUGGUAAAUUAUUGUGAAGAAAUAAUCCAGAGCAAUAGCGAGUUAAAUUUAACUCGGAUUGCUCGGGUAGCUGAUGAAUCAUCAUUAACAGUUUUGCCUAAAAGCAUCCAGUUUGAUGCAACUUCUCCUAAUUCAAGAGUUAAUAAUUCUCAAACUUGCACUAAUAAUUUCAUUAAAUUGAAACCGAAUUUAGAUUCCCAAACACAGUUAUCAGAAGCUUAUGAUGUUCAUAAAUCAGUAGUUAGUACAAAAAGUGUUGUCGAUGAAAAGCAAUCCAUUGAAAACAAUGAAUCUACUUUAUCAGUGACCAAGAGACCAGAUAUAGAUAAAAAGCAAUGUUUUAAAAAUGAUGAGUCUGUUUCAUUGUUGACUAAGAGGAUAGAUUCAGGAUCAAAUUCUUCCCCAAAUGUUUCUGAAUCUGAUGAGAAAGACAUGCCGAACUUGGUGCCUGAAUAUGAUUUUCAAUCGCUACUAGUCACUGAAAAAUUUAAAACAGAUGAAGAUGUCCAGAGCUCAGAAAUAGAUCUUGAAAGAUCAGAUUUUUAUUGUUUUCCAUAUCAUAACCUUACAACUAGUGAUGUUUCUUGUCCCACUGAUAAUGUUGUUACAGUUUCCUCAGCAGGAGCUCACAUUGUUGAUAAUCAAGAACCAUUUUCUUUCUCCUCAAAUACUUCAUGCACAUAUCCAGAUGUUUUAACUGAUAAAGAUUCAAAAAUCAAUGAAAAUUUAAGUUUCCUGAAUGAAGACUCUUCUGCUUUAUCUUCGGUUGAUACUUUCAAAGAUCUUUCCUUGAGUGAGGAAUGCCUAAUAGAAUCUGUUAUGAAAUCCAAAUCUAAUAAUCUGUCUAUAGAACAUUUUAAUGAUUCUUCAUUCAACCAAAAAGAAAUCUAUGUUAGUAAAUCAGAAGUAGUAAACUCUUCUCCUGCCAAAGAUUUUGGACAAAAUUUCAUUUCUAGUGGUAAAGAUGGUACUGAAUCCUAUGGUGAACUUGUAAAGGCUGCUAUUUGUAGUCAACUAUCAAAGAAGAAACAAUUAAAGAAAUCUCUUCUGUUAAGUAAUGAUGAAGAUUCUUUAAAAGGAAACACUGAAGACAAAUUAGGCAUUUCAAUUUCCCAAAAACAGCCAUCUUUCCAGCUAGAAAUAGAGCAAACUGUCAAUGAUAUGUUGACUUUUAUAAACAGUUGUGAAAAUUCAUCUCUUAACUUUGAAAAUGGCAGGAGCAAAUGUGAUAAAAGCACGAUAUCUUCCAUAUCAGAAGUAAAAGCAUCUCCAUAUUCUGUUAAUUCAGACGGCAGUAAAAAGAAUUUAACCAUGCCAGAGUUGUGUGAAAGAAAAGAAAUCGCAAUUCUUGAUGAAAUUUCUGAUCAGUUUGGUACUUCAAAUAUAAAGAAUUCAGAGAACUUUCCCAAAUCAUGUAUAUUGUGCAAAGAAGUUUGCCACUCUGAGGAAACCUUAUCAAGUCACUUAAAAUUAAUCCAUAAUGUUCCUCAUUUGAAGGAACAAAUUUCUAAAUUCAGAGAAGAUUCAAAUGUUGAUAAAUUAUCUCCACCACCACUGUACCUUCAUUCUGCUUUUGACUGUGAUUCAGCAUCUGCCUCUGCAGAAUCCUCGCCAAAUAAAUAUAGUGAAGAAGACAAUAGUAUAAGCUAUAAGGAUGCAGCACUUGAUGUACCUUCUAGUACUGAACCCAAAUCUUCAUUGUCUGAAUUGAGCUCUAACAUUGAGCAAAAACAAUUAAAGACAUCUCAAAGUACCGAGUCUUCUUGCAUGACAAGCCAAAUUUCUUCAGAUUUUAAAUUUAAGAAAAGAGCUAAUAUUAUUAAAAGAAAACGUAAUAAAAUAGUCCCUUCUCUAUGCUCUUACGAGAAAAAAAGUAAAAGAAAUUUUCCAAAUAAAAAACUUAGGUCUUUUAAUGCAAUUUCUAAUAUUCUUGAUAAAGACUUAAUUUGUAAAAAUGCUGCCCUCCCUAAAUGUAUCAUAAAAGUUUUGAAAGAUGAACAGAAUUCUGUUUUCUAUAAGAUUGAUAACUCUCCAGAUGUAAUAUAUGAAGGAUCUGUACAGGCUGGACGCAAUUCAUUUAACAGCAUGAAAUAUGCUGAUUUAAAUACAAAUGUGAUUGACCAUCAGUCGGGCAAAAGUUCUGUGAAGUGUAAACAAGUCAAGAAGGUAACAAAAUGCACUAAGAGGAGUUUCCAUCCUCCCUCUCUUGAUUCGAGUUUUAAUCUUUUGGAAAAGGACAAAGAAUUGCUUAAGGAAACAAAUAAUAAUAUGCUCUUAUUGUUGAACGAUAAAAAAAGAAAUGAGCAAAAUAACUAUGCAUUCUUAACUUUGAAACCUAAAGACAUUAAGCAAUUUCUAAUUGAUAAUAAGCAGCCAUAUGUUCUUUUAACCCGUCUUAAUUCCCCAUUAAAUUCUUUUAAUGUAUCUACAUUAAAACCAGAUUUUUCUUAUGUUAAUUUUAUUUGCAAAAAACCUGUAGUAAGGUUAAAAAGGCUGAAGACUAGUGAUAUUGAGAAAGGCCAUUUUCGAAUGCCAGAGAUUUCUGUGCUGUUAAAAAGAAUACCAAAUAAUGUUGAGGAGAAGACAUUUGAAUCCUCAUCUGAAUUAACUAAUUGCAAAAAAUGCUGUGUUGUAAAAAAUGAAGUGUCGUGAUUUUCAUUCUAGAUUUCUAAAUGUGCACUGUGAGAUUAAUCUUAUAGUUAAGUAUAAAUUUUACCAAGAAGGGAGCUUUUUGUUAAAUGUCAUCAAAAGUGUAUAAAAAAAUUAUACUAAUAUUUUGAUUUUUGUAUGUAAAAAGAAAAACAGAGUGUAAGAUAUUUUAUUAAUAUUUUUCUACGCACAAAUACAGUUCUUUCAGAUAAGCUUGUAGAGUCUUAAUUGUUCAUUGUGUAAAUGUAUUUUCUUCAAUGCAUUUAAAUGAUACCUCAAGUGCUUUAAACUGUGGAAAAUGUUAAAAGCCUGUUUUUUCUAUUAUAGAUCUCCUUGACAGUUUUUGUUAGUUUAAUUUAACUAUUUAUCAGUAUUAUAUGUUUUACAUUGUUUUAAAAUUUUGUAAAAGUUUUUUUCGUUUUCUUUCCUUCCCAUUAGAAGAAUUUAAAAAAAAAAAAAAUCUUAUUAUGCUGUUUUAGACAUCAUAUAAAUUCUUUCUUUAAAAUUUGGGCAGUUUUUACUCUCUGAAAGAUGUUCUACAUUUUUUUUUAAUCUACUAUGUUUGUGCAUGUUUUUCUUCACCUGUUUACAGUGUUGUAAAUAGAAUUAAAUAUGUGUUUCAAUAUGUAAAUAAUAAAGUUUGUUUUGAAAAUA